GCAGCGUCACUGCGGGCCUGCGCCCGCCCCGCGCCGGGGGGCACCGGCAGGCACCGGGAGGCACCGGGAGGCACCGGGGGACGCUCGGAGCAGCACUGCGGCACCGGGAGACAGCGGCACCGGGAGGCACCGGGCGGCACCAGGGGACACCGGGAGGCACCAGGAGACACCGGGAGGCACCGGGAGUCAUCAGGAGACACCGGGAGGCACCGGGAGGCAUCAGGAGACACCGGGAGGCACCGGGAGCGUCCCCGUGGCCCCGGGAGGAACCGGGAGGCACCAGGAGAGGCCCCGGUGCCGCAGCGCAACCUUCGCCCCCGCCCCGGGCAGUGCUGAGCGGGGACAGCGGGCCCGGCCCCGCGAUGGGGCCCGGUGGCCCCGGGGGCGGGUGGCCCCUGGCCAGGACCCUGCUGGUGGCUAUGGCCACCUCGAUGGUGGCCGGGGGCGAGGACUGCCUGUGGUAUGUGGACAGGAACGGCUCGUGGCACCCGGGCUUUGACUGCGAGUUCUUCACCUUCUGCUGCGGCACCUGCCAGCAGCGCUACUGCUGCAGGGACCCCCUGCGACUGCUCACCGAGCGCCAGCAGCGGCACUGCCUCGCCCUCAGCCCCAAGACCAUCGCGGGCAUCGCCUCGGCCGUGGUGCUCUUCAUCGCCAUCGUCACCACCAUCGUGUGCUGCUUCAUGUGCUCCUGCUGCUACCUGUACCAGCGGCGCCGGGCCCCGCCCACCCCCCUGGCAGGCCCGGAGAUCCCCCUGUCCAGCUACCCCCCCGCGGCCCCCCCGGCGCCGUUCCCCGUGGACCCCAAAGGCGGCCCCACGCCCCCCCAGCCCGGCUUCACCCCCAUGGCCAUGUACCCCCCUCCCGGGCCCGCCCAGUACCCCGUGUACCCCUCGGGGCCCCCCGUCUACAACCCCACAGCACCCCCGCCCUACGCUCUGGCGCAGCCCAGUUAUCCCGGAGCCUGAGCCCCCCCGGGGACCCCCGCACCCGCCGCCGGCCAGCGGGGCCGGGCUGGGGACCCCCGGCCCCCCACCUCGAGGCGCUGGGGGGGCGCCCCAGCGCGGGGGGGACGCGGCGGCAGCGGCACAGGGCGGCCCUUGUCCCGCACACUGGGCCCUUUGUGGGGGCCGCUCCCCCGCCUCUGGGUGCCCACGGACCCAGGCACCCGCGGGGGGGUCCCCAUGGGGGUCCCCCGAGGGCCGUGCGCCGGUGCCCCCCUGCACGACCACCUCUGGAUUCCCCCCCUGGGGCUCUUCGCCCCCCCCCCGGGGUUGGCAUUAAACCACUUCUUGUGCCCA